AUGAAAACCAUAAUUAAAGAAAUCAUUCAAACAGACCAAGGAUUUCAUUAUCUCUUUACAGUUGAUAAUAGAAUUCAGAUUGUUGACGUUAAUAAAGCAAUUAUCAUAAGAGAGAUUGAUCUACGUAAUGAUACUGUUUUAUGUACUCCACAUAAAGUUAUGUACAAUGAAGGAAGAGUAUGUUUUGUGUCACAAAAUGGAAUUGAGUUCUUUUCUGUUUAUGGUGGAUCAUUUGAAUUUAUAGGAUUAAUUAACCAAGCCCAAUUAAUUGAUGAAAAUAAUUCACCAAUUUAUAUAACUGAUGUAAGUUUAGAUAAAGAACUAAUUACAUUUUCAUCGAAUAUAGGGAAAGUAUUAUUAAUGGACUAUCCAUCAUUAAAAAUGAUAUGUCAAAUUCCAUUAACUAAAACUCCAUUAAGAUGUAUUAAAUUAUCAAGGGACGAUUCAAUGUUAUAUGGUAUUGAUGUUAAUGGAAUUUUUGUAGCAGUAGAAUUACAUCACUUUAAAUUGUACGUAAUGAGAGUUAAAGCUGAAGAAGAUUUAAGAGAAUACUUUAGUACAAUAGACGAUAUGAAUUUAACACUUACAAAAGAUGGAUGUCUUAUUCAAUGUGAUGGACAAGUAGCACAAUACCGAAUAGAUAUGCCAUCAAUAUUUAAAUAUCAAAUAAAAGGUGUUCAAGAUGUUAAAUGUAUAAAUGAUAAAAUAUAUAUUUCAACACUUAAUCAAAUAUAUGUUUUUGAUCAAUGUAAUGAAGAAGCAAUUCAACAAUUUACUUUUAAUUCACAACCACAACAAACCAUGAAAACUGUUAUUAUAUUUCCAAAUAUUUUAAUUUACACAAUCAACGGAAUAACUUCUUAUAAAAUUCCUAAUAUUCCACAAAGAAUGUCAGUUAUUCCAAAAAAGUCUUUAAAUGUUCUUUUUAAAUCAAUUAAAAUACCAAAUAACUUAACACUUCUUCAAAUUCAAUUAGGAAAUGAUAGAGAAAUUUAUGGGUUUGAUUUAAAUGGUAUUAUUUAUCAUUGUUGUCUUCCUAAAUUAUUACCAUCUACUUCUCAAAUUUAUUUUAAAAUGGAAAAUUCAAAAACUGAAUUUGAAAGAUGUUGUAUUACAUCUAAUGGUAAUUAUGGUUUAUUUUCUGCUGGUAAUAAACUUCUUCUUCAAGAAUUAAAAACUGGAAAUACUCAUUUAUUGUAUACUCCAAAACAAUUACCUGAUGAUAGUGUUAAUAUUAUAAGUGCUUGUCCUUCUAAUUCUUUUAUUAUAGGAAUAGGAUGUUUUAAUGGUAAUGUCUUUGAAAUAAAUACUAAUAAUUCAAUUCCAAUACAUGUAACUUCUCAUUUAAAUUCUCCAAUUAUUGGAAUUGGAUUUAUUAAUAAAAAAAUUAUUUCAUUAUCAGAAAAUGGAAUAUUAAAUUUUGAUGGAAAAACAUUACACCUAUCUAUCUCUCCAAUUUCUAUGGACACAUUUAAUGAAUUUAUUAUUAUUAAUGAUCUUCAUUCAGUAACACUAUAUUCAAUAAAUAACUGGAAAGUAUUAUAUAAAUUUGAAAGUUCAUCACCAAUUAUUGAUGCAAAAUUUUCAUGUGAUGGAAAGUUUAUUAUUUGUGUUUCUAAAGAUAGGUGUAAUGUUUUAAGAAGUUCAGAUCUUGGCAUUUGUACAUAUCUUCUAGUUUCUUCACUUCAAAACCAAUUAAAAUUAAAUACUCAAAUUAUUGGAAUGACUGUUUCUAAAAUUAUUCCUUGUCAAUUUGCUGUUUCUUUUCAAGGAGGUGUUGUGAUGUUAAUUGAACCCAGAACUUAUUCUGAUUGGAUUUAUUAA